AUUGAUCCAGGAUUUCUGGUUCAGGAAGACUCUGACCAACUUCUGGGGGACAGCAUCAUCGAUGCACUUCCAGAUGAAACAUUUGACUCCAUCCAUGAACUCAUCAUGGAAGACAUUCCAGUUGACGUCAUUGAAGCAGUCCUGUACCAUUGAGGCCGAUUAGAUAGACAAACAGUGGACCCUUUUAACUAUGGCCACCUCUUGUUUCAGCUUCUGCCUGUAUAUCGGCAAAAGCAGGAUUGAAGAGUGAUCUGAUUUUCCAAAAGCUGGAUGAAGGAGAGCUUUGUUAGCGUUGCAGAAGGGAGUGUAACAGUGGUUAAGUGUCUUAUCUCCACGAGUGCACACCUGGAUGUGCUGACAAAACUUCAGAGAGACUUUCAUCAGCGACGCUCGAUUAAAGUCACUGGCAACAAUGAAGACCACCUCUGGGUGUGCAGUCUCCAGCGUGUCUCAUACAGUUCUUUGAGAGCAGUUUCUAAAGAAAAGAAUCGUACCAAAUCCGAAGUACAGUUAUGUCCGAGCACGGAUUGAUACCGGACACAGUCUUUCAAAGUACAUGGAGAAAAUUGAAGAGUUAAGAAGAAAUUAUAGAUAUAAAAGAGAUGAAUUAUUCAAAAGAUUGAAAGUCACUACAUUUGCCCAGUUGGUGCUACAAGUGGCUUCUGUGAAUGAGCAGGAUAAUGGGGUGUUUGAAGAUCUACAACAGGAGGAAGAUUUGAAUUCUGUUGUCUCUGCGAAUGAGCCUGAGCUGAGUGCAAUAAAGAGAUAUGAUGAUCAAAGUCCAGUGGAAAAUCCACAGAAAUCUCCAAUAGAAUUAAUAAGUAAUGAUGUGUCAGGUGAAAAACCACUAACGGCUCGUUCCACCCUCCAAAGUGUUAUAAGUGGUGUUGGGGAAAUUGACCUGGAGAGGAAACAGAAAGAGUUCCAUUCUAAGCCUUCUGAAUGUCCUGAAAAAACAGAUGGACCUUAUCUGGACUGCCCUUAUCUGUUGUUGGAUGUACGAGACCGAGACGCCUAUGAACAAUGUCAUAUUAUUGGAGCCUACAGUUAUCCUAUAGCAAUGUUAUCUCGAACUAUGAAUCCUUAUACAAAGGAGGUUCUGGAAUAUAAAAACACACCUGGGAAGAUCAUUCUACUUUACGACGAAGAUGAGCGAAUAGCUAGUCAGGCUGCCACAACGUUGUGUGAGAGAGGCUUUGAGAAUCUAUUUAUGCUGUCAGGAGGACUGAAAGUCGUUGCCCAGAUGUUCCCACAAGGACUAACCACUGGAUCCAUUCCACCAUCGUGUCGACCUCCAUUUGUCCCAACACCUCAUCAGAGGCGAUCAAUAGCUCAAGAUCCAACACUCCCAGCAGAGGAUAAGUUCCGGUUCACUGAAGAUGAUUUAAACAAGAUUCGAUAUAGCUUGGAUGAGAUCCUGGUACCAGCCAAGGAGACAGCAGCUACCAGUCGUAUCAGACACCACAAAAAUGCUGGCAACUACAGCCACCUUUCAUCAUCAAGAACACAGCUGAAGACAUCUGCCAGCCAUGCGUCCUCUCUUGCUGGCUCCAUUAGUGCCCGAUCACGGACAAGCAGCAUCCAAAGCAAGCCAUGGAAAUAAGAGAAAGAAUAUCACUUCUGUUUUAAGCCUGACAUUUUUUUUUUUACUGUGCUUUAAAUGUCAGCUGCUAUUGUGCUGAGGGCCUAUGGAAAUGUGCAUCAUUGACAUUCAGUUACAAAAAUGUAACUGAUGCAUUAUAUGUUAAUAGACACUGUUGAUUGCAAUAGCAAACAAGUUGUAGAAAGUAAAAGCUUUGUUAUAUUUAAUAUCAUCUUAAAUUAAAAUGCAUAUUUUUAACUUUAUAUCUUUCAACUCCAACCAAAAGGAUUGGAGUAGAAGCGCCAUUGUAGAAUAAUUUCUCAUCCUGUCUUACAAAGCAUCAAGACCUUGAAUACACAAUAGAUUCUCAAUUUUGCCGCUUUCUGGUAUAAACUUUAAUAUGGAAGCUAUGUACUUUGCACACAACAACCCUUCACAUUACAAGUGCUGUAUUUUCCCCACCAUGGCUGUAAACGAAGAAUGUUCUCCAUAUUGUUCCUUGUGCUAUUUUGAAUCAUUGGUUCUAAGAGUUAUUCACUUCUCCUGCACCCUCCCCCACUGCCACAACUAAAUAAUGUAAGAAUACUUGAUAUGCCACUAAAAUUACAUAUGACCAAUCCUAGUGUUGUGCUUUGAAAAACUUUUUAUUUUUACGGGGUGUGGGGGAGUCCUUGUGAAUCUCAUUGCUCAAUUAUUUUUGCCUCUGAGGAAUGUGCAUAAUAUCUCUACCUAUGACCCUGUACUUAUUUUAUUCUGAUUCCCUUGCCUAUGUCCCUGUCAAUGUGGCAAUCUACGUUUGUAUUUGCGUAUAAUAAACAGACUAGUUUAUUUAACCCACAAGGUUUCUUCACUAAUGUUUAAAAUUAGUUUGAUAUUAUAAGCACAUGGACGCAUGUUACAUACCUUUUUUAAAACUAUUGUUCGGAAACAUCUGGAUAAAAUGCUGAUGCAGUUGUGUAAUCACUAUGAAUGUACCAUUUGCUACACUUCUCUGCAGAUGUUUCAAUGAAAUGAAGUUGAGGCAAGUCUGUGAUGGGUUAUUAUUUAUCCUGUCUGAAUAUACACAAGUUGCUUCUUUUAAAAGCAAAAUAAAUGUAGUUUUAAAAUUCAACCUUCAGAUGCCUCAAUUUUAGAAGAUUUUUAGUAGCACAAUAUACGGAAUAAAUUACAGUUGCUGGUAUACUCCUACCUGCUAUCCCAGCCUCACUUUCUUCUGAGAUUUUUUUUUUACUUGAAUAUACUAUAUGCUCUACAGUGAAAUUAUAUGCAUGUUCUUUCUCUGUGCUACCUGAAUUUGGUGCUGGAAGGCUAGCACCGAGAAGGCAGUUUUCCUUCCUGCAUGCUUGUUUUCAGUAGAUCAGCCAUUAUUUAGCAAUUCUGGUUAAAGGUGUUGAAAAGGCAGAUGUGUACAGGAAAUAUGCAAGUGUACCAGUACUGGUAGAUUUAUAGGCCAUGAAUCAAAGUUGUAUUUUUCUAGCUGGCAUUGGUCUUUUUUAGUCAUGUACUGACUCAUUGCCAUGACAAAAGUUUAGAAAAUGCUAUUUUUUUUUCUAUUUCUUAAGUAUAAUUGCAGUUACUAGCAGUUAUCUUCAGUGGAAAUGAAUAGUCAGAAGACAAAGUCAGGGAUGUGAUCCCCUCAAUGAUUAACAAAACUAGCACAUGGUAUUGAAAUGAGAAGAGAAUUUCAAAGCAAGAACCCAUUUUGUAAUGAUUAUAGGGUCCAAAGGUGUUAUCACCAAAUCUUGUUUUCUAAAGUGUGGUACCAAUGAGAUCUAGAACCAGGACACUGAAACCUGUCGUCCACAUUGAGCACCGAUGAUGUACGCGCACAAAGUCUUACAUCUGUUCUAAGGAAUAUUGUAUUGCCAGCUGUACUGGCCUUGCCUUACCCACUAUAGUGUACAGCAAACACUACAGAUCAGCAACCAAAUCUAGGAACAAUCUUAAACUGAAUUUUAAUCAAUUAUGCUUUCUUUUUGUGCUACUACCUUCAUCUUUCCAGUAAUGCAAAUGUUUUUCAAUGGAUAUAAUAGCGUACAAUGUUUUUAAUCCAUUUAUGGUAUAUUGGAUAUGGAGGCAAGAACAGUGUCUAUUACUAAUCGCUUCUUGACCAGAUGAAGGGACUUUCCGGAUUUUGACUUGGUAUUGAAGUAAUGGUAAUAUAUUUCUAAAUCUUGAUGCAAGUGUUUUGUUAGGGAAUUCUAGUCUUUUCUCUAUUUGCCUGCUGCCCAGUUGGAUGGCAAAAGUCACAGGUUCAAGAGAAACCAUUCUAAAACAUUCUUGUGGAACAUCUUGUAAAUCAUCAGUACUGUCAUGUUGGUGGUGGAUGGAAUGUAUGUUUAACUUGCUGAGUAAUGUAUCAAAUAAGUGGGCCUCUUUGUCCUGGGCAGUGAGUCUUGAUUAUUGUUAAAACUGUAAUCAUACAGGAAAAGGAUGAAUAACUUCUGAUACUUUUACCAUUUACACCCACUGAGAGUGUGGAUUAUACUGUAUGUUAAAUCUCCCUUUAAUCAUCAAAAGAAAGUAACAUCAUGACAGUACUUCAGUAUGAGUUUGUCAAUUAUCUGGGUUGUACUUUGUCAAGAGUCUGUUCCACCCUAAUACUCAAAAUGUUGUUCAGAAUCUGACCAUAUAGUCAUAUAAUGGAUAUUUUAAAAAAUGCACAGUUUACUUUUAGACGAACAUGGUAUCUUUUGUAUUUUGUUCUAACGUAUUCACUCACAGGUUGGGUGAAAGCCAGCUGGGUGAUUGAGACUUGUGGCACAAUUGAUCAAGUGCUGUUAGCUUUAGUUUUAAAGUAAGAAUCUGUAUAUUUUUAAAUAAAACAUGUGUUUUACAUUUUGAACAAAAAUGUGCAUGGCCAGUGAACAAACUUUUUAUCUUUUAAGUUUUUAUUUUAAAUGUCCUAGCCAACUAACUUCAGAGUUAUCGCCUCCAUUAGGAGAACCAGAUGGUCCAUUGCCAAAGGGUGAUUUAUUCACUUGGCUCAGUAAGGAAAUUCAAUUUGGUGUGGUAUUGAGGCAGCCGAUCUCUCCUGUGUGCUGUUAUUUGUGCUAUACUUGACUUGCGUAAUCCAAGCCAGAGACCAUUUUUUUUAAAUGAAAAAAACAUCCAGAAAAUAUGGCUAAGUGUGUACAGUGUUAAUGUGGAAGUUUGAUCAAUGUAGCCACAUUGGAAUAGAGGUAUGGUUUUGUCGCUCCAAUAUUUAUGCUGGUUCUUGUAACCUAGUGAGCAUUCAAAAUAGUGUUUUUGGUUGUUGAGUUGGCUUAUUUUUGUUCUGAAACAGACUGAAAAGUAGGUAAGAUGAGCAAAGUGACAAGUGAAUAGAAAUUUCAGUUAAUAUAAAACAUAGAAUGUGCUAAUAGUGGAGAUUAAUGGGAUCUCGGAUGCCACAUGUGCAGUAAAUGUUUGCAUCUUCAGAAACUUUAGCUCAAAGUCAUUAGCUUGGAAUCAGACCUUCAGACAUGAAAGGGAGAGUUGCCUGGACAAUUUGUUUAAAGAGGCAGUCACAAUCCUUAGAUUAGGCGAUACCCUGGAUCUGCACCAUGGUGAAGGCUAAAGAGUGGUGCUUGAGUCACAAGAGUACCUUGGAUACAUUGAUAGGGAGGGUUCAGCCUUUGAAACUUUCGAAAGAUAGGAUAGAAACAUAGAAAACCUACAGCACAAUACAGGCCCUUUGGCCCACAAAGCUGUGCCAGAAUUGUCCUUACCUUAGAACUACCUAGGCCUACCCAUAGCCCUCUAUUUUUCUAUUCUCCAUGUAUCCAUCCAGGAGUCUCUCAAAAGACCCUAUCAUUACCACCGCCGCUGGCAGCCCAUUCCACGCACUCACCACUCUCUGCAUUUUUUAAAAAAACACCUGCCCCUGACAUCUCCUCUGCACCUACUUCCAAGCACCUUAAAACUGUGCACUGUUGUGCUAGCCAUCUCAGCCCUGGGAAAAACCCUCUGAGUCUGAGAGUUAAGUGUUCCUUAAAGAGUUUCCUUAUCUUUUAUAAAUAUGCACCAAAGCUUAUAAUUACAUGUUUACAUUUGUCAUACAUGAGGUACAAUAACAAGAUUAAUAUUAAUAAAUUUUAAACAGGUUUUCUAAAAUACUUCAUUUAUAUCAAUCUGUAUCUGUUACUAAUUGUAAAACAAUGUAUAUAUCUAAAUAAGCAACAGGACUCAUCCUUUUUACUUAAAGUGCUGAAUUAUUGUUACUAAUCCAUUAAUUAAUAAUAACCUCUGCUCAAAAUUUCCAUGGUACAAGAGAAUUUUUUAGAAGAUUAUGGCCUAUUUGUGCACUCGUGCUCAAAAAAGGUUCACCAUCUCUGACUGUGAUGAUUUUCCAAAAUUCCUUAAUUCUCGAACAGCCCGAACAGAUUGGAAGGGAACAAAUGUAACUCUGCAUUUAAAGGCAGAGAAAAAAAAAUGAGUGAAACCAUGAAAGCAGAUCAGUUAUCCUGACAUUGGAAGGCAAUAAAAUGGCAUACUCCAUUAUUAAGAGCACUUAAAUCAUAUCAUGAUUAGGCAGAGACAGCAAUGAAAAACAAUUUUCAUUUAACAACUAUCUUGAAGAUGCAACCAACAUGGCAGAAAAACAAAAUCCAGUGGUUGUGCUGUACCUGGGUUUUCAGAAGGCAUUAGGUUAGAAAGUAGCAGCUCGUGGGGUUAGAGGUAAUGUAUCACUGGAUAGAAUAUUGGUUAAAGAUGAGAAGAAUGUGUAACCAGGUUACUGUAGGAAGAGUACAGAGCCUCACCUAUUCAUAAUUACCGUUAACAAGUUAUUUGAAAUGGUGAAAGGUAACAAAAUCAAAUUUACUAAUGAGAAAAUAAUAUUUAUAAGAUGGGACAAUAAAGUAGUAUUUGGAAUAGAAGGUUAUUCACUUUAGUAGAAAGAAUACCUUUUUAAACAGAUGAGAGCCUAGCAAAUAUUGAAAUCAAGAGGGAGCAAUGUAUGCUGGCUUGAGAGAUGCAUGAAAUAACUGCAGAUAUGACAAGAAAUCCAAAAGACCUACAAAGGAAUUUGAGUAUAGAGAAUGGAAGGUUGGCUGAGAUUAUUCAGGUGUUUGGUGAGGUGACAGUUGGAGUAAUCAGUAUCAAGGUAGCAUUUGACCUAUACACAUUAGAGCUCAGAAGAUUGAGAUGAUGUCACUAAUUGAUUCAGAGACUGAUUGAUGCCAAGAAGUUGUUUUCUUCAGAUGGAAACUAGAAUUAAGGGAUUCUUUGUUCAAUAUGAGAAGUGACUUUAUAAAAAAAAAAGCUAGUGUUUUGAAAUUCUUUGUCUUGGAUUGCUGUGGGAACCCAAUUGAGUUUAUUCAGAUCUGAAUUCUCUUGGUGCCCAAAAAUAUAAGGUUUGGAUGUGAAAGUGUCACUUCCACAAAGAAGAUAAGCAGUGUGAAACUUCUGUUUUCUCAUUAUUACAACAGCAGUUUGUGUCAGUGUAAAACAAAACCCCCUCUUAGGAAUUUGAGAGGCUAUAUUGUAAUUUUAUAUGAUUCCUCUGAUGCCAACUUUGAUUAAAAAAACAUUGUCUUUCUGGAGGAAUGUUGUAUCAUUUUUUAAUGCAUGCAUUUCUAUAUGACAAUAAACGAAAACUGAACUGAUUGUGCACAGAAACUAAGAUUCCAGAGGCAACAUAUCACCCUUGACUCUAAAUUGUGGCUUUGUAAAUAAAGAUAACAUGGACUAGA